AUGAGCACUAUACUGUCACGGAGGGCUCCAAGGAUAGAAUAUGACAGCUAUGGCGAACCUAUUGUGCGGCCGCCUAUUGGUUCCAGCGAAUUAGAUGAGCCCGCUUUCGGCCUCCUGUUUGAUAUCGAUGGUGUGUUGGGACGCGGGGCCAAUCCAUUCCCAAAUGCCCAGGAAGCAUUCAAGCUACUUUGUGACCCAGAAGGCAAAGAACUCCGUGUGCCUGUGGCGUUCGUGACAAAUGCUUGCGGAAACGGUCCCGCGAAAGUUCAGCGGCUAUCUGAGUGGUUCAAUCUAGAGAUCGAUCCAGAUCAACUUAUUCAAGCACCCAGCCCAUUGACGGUUUUCAAGGAAUAUCAUCGAAAACGUGCACUGUUUGUUGGACAAGAGAACACGCUGGAGAUCGCUCACGAACUCGGGUUCAUGAAUGCGGUAUCCAUUGAAGACGUAAAAGCCGCCUAUCCCCUUUUGGAUAUGGUGGAUCAUGCAAAUCGCAGGCGCUUGCUGAAAGUCACCCCAGUUCCAAGAGCCCUGGACCGCAUUGAACUUAUUGUACUUCUCGGGGAGCCAACGCGUUGGGAGACUCACUUACAACUUCUGGUCGAUUUGCUCAUGACAAACGGAGAUCCAGAUCAAGUCCCGGUUUCGAUACCGGAAGAACACAUUCCUGUGAUCGCUUGUAACAUGGAUUUGGUAUACAUGGAUCAAGCGGUGCUGCCUCGUUUUGGCCACGGAGCUUUUCUCGCCUGUUUGCAAGCGCUGUAUCGUCAGUUCACAGGACAAAAGCUGAAGUACACAUCCUUGUUGGGCAAACCAAGUGAGAUCUCACUUCGAUUCGCGGAGCAUACAUUAACGUUGAUGUCCAAACGAAUGGGAUAUACGCGUUCCAUCGACCGGAUUUACUUUUUCGGUGACAAUCCGGACGUGGAUGUGUUGGGGGCGAAUUUGUACAACAAUUUUCUUCGUCGGUUCCGGCAUCUCUCGGGAGGCGACAAACACGGAAACGAUGAACACGCGCAACAUCAACGCGUCUCGGUGGCGCAAUCACGCACCGUUCCGCCACAAGCGGAUCUUCUUCCCCAGACUGCUCGUGGAAUCGAUGCUAUUCUGGUCCAAACUGGAGUGUACAGUCCCAACGUGAAACUCCAAAAUAGAGCAAACUACUGUCAUCGGGAUUUCCAAGGAGCCACCGAUUUGGUUUUACCCACAUUCGAAGUGAAAGACUGUCUUGAGGGUAUACAGAUGGUGUUGCAGCUACAAAACUUUCAUCCAAGCGUACGCGCGGACAAAGUGGAGCCAUAGCAAUACAGAAAGAGGGUGGUUCUAUGCAGUACUCCCUCUUUCUUCAUCAUCAUCAAGUUUAAUCGUUUAAUAUGUAAUGUCCGAUUCUUCUCUUCAGUCAUUUAACAGAAUAAAUUUAAUCCUAUCACGUCC